UAGUCGUCACUUGUCAAAAUUUGAUAAAGGAAAAAUCUCUUUUCGCGAUGUAACGUUUAUAUAUUAAAUUAUUAUUGGAUAUUUAUUAUAUUCAGCAAAUCUUGUUCUAAUUGAAAUGUGUGUUUCAAGUGUAUUCUGCUGAUAACAAUUUGUUGUGACCGUGAAGUUUGGCGUAAAAUUCGACAUUGCAAUGAGAUGUGAAUUCGAACAUCGAUACGUACUUCUUACUUCUUACUUAAUUGAUAUAUUUACAUUUAUUUAAACACAAGCCGUUGUGUUGAUUUAUUUAAAACGUCAUUAUGACGACGAGUCAAGUGACUGUUAUCAAACUGUAUAAUUCUGUUGUGGAUGACGUUAUAGCAGGAGUACGUGAUUUUUUCCUCGACGACGGUGUUGAUGAACAAGUUUUACAAGAAUUGAAACAGUUAUGGAAGUCGAAAUUAAUUGCAAGUGGCGCCAUGGAUCAUCCAGAACCGUCACAGUUACCACAACCUCCACCUGUUCUACAUAGUUUUCAAAAAGCAAAUGGUAGUAAUGUGAUACCAAAGAGGCCAGACAUGAUGCCACAAACUUCUAGCCAACAAUCUGCGGACCAUAGUGCACCAAAUCCUAACAUGGGUGUUCACCAUAGUGUGCUUGAUCCUAACAAUAAAGUUCCAGUUCAACUGACACUGCCUGCUCAGCCUGGUGUACCAGGCUCACAGCCUCGCUCCUUCACCAUACAGAUACCAGCUUCAGCACUUAAUGGCAAUAAGCUCCAUCAAGUAUUAACUGGGCCAAUAAUAAAUGCUACAAUCAGUUUGCCCCAACCAUUAGCUGCAACUUUACUGCAACAACAUAUAAAUUCAGCUCUGGCUGGUCAACAAAAUGAUUAUGAUGGUGGUGGUGGUGGCCGUAGUGGCACUGCACCAUUUUCUCUGGAUGGUGCCUUAGAUUCAUCAGAUGACGAGGGUUCCAAUGUUGGUGAUGGCUCUGAUGACGGUGCUGGAGAUGAUGAUGAGGAUGAGGAAUCACCUGAAGAGAGAGCAGAAGAAGAAGAAGAUGAUAGAGAUGAGAGUGGUGGAGCAGAGGAGGAGCCUUUAAACUCUGAAGAUGAUGUAUCAGAUGAGGAACCAGGUGAUAUGUUUGAUACUGACAAUGUAGUUGUUUGCCAAUAUGAUAAAAUUACACGCACCCGGAAUAAGUGGAAAUUCUACUUUAAAGAUGGUAUUAUGAAUUUAGGUGGCAAGGAUUUUGUCUUUCAAAAGGCGAAUGGUGAUGCAGAGUGGUAGAACUAGCUGUAACUAUUUCACUGUGUAAAAUAUUAUGUCAUAUUCACUAGAAAUGUUUGACUGUAUGAGAGUAAAUUCAAAACUAAUUGAAACUUGUUACUUGAGCAUUUUCUAAUUGCUGUUCAUUGACUUUAACCAAAAAAAUAGAAGCAAUCUCAUAUAAGGUCAUGUUAAAGCUUAUCAAUAAUAAAAUCUUUACAGUCUCAAGAAAAUUUAUCAUUCCAAUUAUAUUUGGUGAAAUUGAAAAUAAAAUAUCUUGAAAAUAAUCAGUAUUCUGGUCAUAAAAUACUUAUAAAAAUAUGAUUAAGCAAACUAGUAAUAUAUAACUAUUUUUAUUCUAGGUUAAUUGAUAAAUAGAUCAUAUUUUAAAAAUUCACAAUAAUCUAUAAAGAAGAAUAUGUCUCCCAAGUUUAUUGUAGAGUAUUGAUGGUAAAGUGGUAAAUGGCUCACAUACUGCAUAAUUAAAACUACUGCCCUUUGCCAAUACCAGAAGGUUUUUGAGAUGCAUUAACUGUGUUAAAGGUGAGACUACAGCUGAUUCCGCUAGAAGAUUGUGUGAUACAAGAAUUUACUUGUGAAUCUCAUGGUUUUCAAUGCUGAGGGUGAAAUUCACCCUAACUGUUCAUUUCCGGGAAACUGUGCUCACACUAUGCCUCACAUUGGUGUGGUUUUGUCAAUUUGAUUCUGUCAAUGCAUAUUAUUUUAUGUUUAUUAAUAGAUUGCUUAUACUCAGAAUGAUUUGAGUGAAUGUAUCUGAAAGCUAUUGAAACAAGUCAUAAAACCAUGCAAAAUAAACAAUCUUAUAUACAAAAUAAGAGUCAGAACUUGGUGAGGGAUCUGUAAAAUUUAGUGCCUUGGGCCACUGCCCAUUUUGGAAGGUUAAAAAAAAAUAUUGAAUAAAGAUUUCACACUAAUUGUUAUAAAUACAACACAUUUUUUGUUUCAUUUACAUAAUGGUAAAAGUCAAUGGAAGAGUAUUUAGAUUCAAAACAAUGUGGUUUAUACUUCACCAAGAUUUGAAUAAUGUGUAAUUGAAAAAAAUUGGUGCCAUAUUUUAUCCUGAGAAUUGAUGAACAAGUGACUAGCUUAUUUUUUUUUUUAAAUCAAGAAUGAAUACAUAUUCGUUGUCUUCAUGCUUAAUUUCUUACCUAAAUGCGACAGCUAAUUAUCUAAAAUGUUCGAAGCUGUUUUUGAAUAUGUAAAGAGGAUUUGACUUUUGGUGAAGCUUAUAAUUCCAUAUUCUGUACUGCUGCAAAUACUAUAACCAAAUUGAGAUUAAUAUUAAUUCUAUUUGAAUUAUUAUUUUUGUAACACUACAAAAUACAGCGAUAAACUUGAAUCAAUAAUGAAUUUUUCAACCUGUUACAUAAAAUAUGUUAAUGUUAUUUUGCUCAUUGUUAACCAGAUACUGUUAUAUGUGAAAUACCUCAAUUGGUAAGUAUUUAUUUCAUUUUGUUCAUUUCAUAGUAUGCAAUUUGAUUACAUAUUUGCAGUCUCAAAAUGAGACAUAUUCUUUAAUGGUUUAAUUAUUAUUUCUAUAGCUCAUAUUGAUUAAAUCAAAUAUCAGUGUAAUAUUAUGUUGUAAAUGUAUAGUUUCAUUGUACAAUAAGCAAAUUUUUUCUAUUCGUUAAAAUAUAAAUUCGUAAUGUGCACAAACCAUUUUGCUGUUAUUUUACACUCACCAAGCCGUACUUUAAUGUGAUAUGAUUUUAGUGCUUAAUUUAGAGAUUAUAAUCACUGUAACCUGUUGUUAAGGUGUAUGUCUUUAUUGGGAGACCCUUAUUUCUCAAUAGUGUUAAGUUCCUUGUGGUUUUCCUACAUCCCAUGAUUUCUACGUAAACUAAUGAGAAUUGUGAAAAAUAAACAUGUUACAGUA